AUCAGCUCAAGUGAAGUGCACAUAUCGAAAUUUCUAUCGAAAUUUCAUUUAUUUUGACAUCAAAAAUUACUAUGUUUGCAUAUAUGACUUAGGAUCAAAUUGAUCACUUUAUUUAUAUUUUAUACUAAUUAGAAGGUCAGAAAACAACAUUUUUGAUUAGUGCAAAACCAAUGAGGAUAAUGGUGAAAUGAUUGAUGAUUUGAGUUUUGGAUAUGAAUUUUUUUUUUUUUUUUUGGUUGAAGCAUUGUUUCUAGAAAAAGAAAUGUAAUGUGGGAAAAUUUGAAUUAGUCAAGUUUCAACUCGCACCUCGGGAUGGUGGCAAAACCCCAAAAAAGAAGAGAUGUUGGAUCCAAUAUGCAAAUACUAUAGUAGAGGGACGACACUGCAAUUUUUCAAUUGUUCCAAAACCCACAGCAAAUCCCUUGUGCAGUUCAGUUCAAGAAUCCAAUGUCCUCCGUCAACACUCACCGGAGCUAACCAUUUCUCUACAAUAUAUGAACAUCAUCGAAUGGUCCUUUUUAGACACUAUAAAAAUGUUGUCCCGUUCAAGAACCCCACCACUUCAAUCCCUGUAUACCACUCUCAAGCACAAUUUUUUCUCUACUAACACACACCAAAAGCCUCCAACACUGUCCAAGAUUCCAACAAAAUAUAGACCCCAAGCUAUUUUACAAGCUCAAGAAGUACUCACUGAUUACUUCCAUACCACUAGAUCUUUACCCUUUACUUUUGCUGAGUACAUUGGUAAAAACUCAAGAUUUUCUCUUUUGGGUCUUGUUUCUAAAGUCCCUUUUUCGCGUAUUGGAUAUCCUAAUUCUAUCCAGAGGUUUUUAAGGUACCAUCCUAUUAAUGAAUUUGAGUUUUUCUUUGAGAGUAUUGGUAUUAAUCAUGUAGAAAUUAGUUCUAUGUUGCAUUUGAAUAAGUGUUUCUUGUCUGAAGAUUCUAAAGUUUUUGAUGCUGCUUGUGCUCUUGCUUGUUUUGGUUUUCCUUGGAAGAAAUUGGGUAUUUUGUAUAAAGGGGAUGUUGAGAUUUUUAGUAAAGAGCCUUAUGAAUUGAAAGAGAGGCUUUCGCGCUUUGAGCGAUACGGGUUUGGCAGUGUUGCUGUUAUUGGUAUUUGCCUAGCUUUCCCGCGUGUUUUAGGGGAAAGGAGUGAUUUUUUGGAUGAAGUUGAUAUGUUGUUUGAUGAUUUGAAAAGGGUGUUUUUGGAUUUUGAUCUUGCAAGUUGUGUAGUGGGAAAUGUGGAUGCUUGGUUUGAGAUGUGUAGGAAGAUUGCUAUUUUUUAUGAAUUGGGUUGUGAGAAAGGGACGAUUGGUGAAUUGAUGGGAAAAAAUAAAAGCAUUUUUGUUGAUUACUCUGAAGAGGUUUUGGCUGAAAAGAUUGGAUUUUUUUGUAGACUAGAUGUGAGAAGAGAAGAGGUUGGAGUUUUAGUUCUGUCAAAGCCUGAGAUUUUGAGUUUUGAUUUGGAAGUUUGUGUGAUUUCGACUGUAGGAUUUUUGAAACAUUUCGGGUUGGGUGUAAAUAAACUAAAAUUGACUGCCCAAACGUACCAAUACAUUAUGGGUAGAAAUAAAAUAGCUAAUGUACCUCAUAUUAUGAGAUCAUUGGAUUUGAGUGAAUGGUUCUUUGACAGACUAAAAAAUGGUGGUCAUGGUCUGUUAGGUAGCUAUGUUAUUGGCAGUAAUGAAGAUUUUGACGAAGAUUAUGCAGAGGAGUUGCAGAAAAUUCAGGCAUUGAGAACAUCCAUUUAUAUCAUUCGUAAAUUAAAUUUCUUGCAUGGGAUUGGUUUUGGAGAAAACAAGGUGACAAUGAAAGCAUUGUCUUACCUUCAUGGUCCAGGUGAUGAAUUACAGGAACGAUUUGAUUGCCUACUUCAUGGUGGAGUUAACUUCUCGAAUCUCUGCAAAAUGCUGUCAGUGUCGCCAAAGAUUCUGAACCAGAAAGCCGAAAUUCUUGAGCAAAAAAUAAAAUUUCUUUUCCUGGAUAUGGGGUUAUCUCAGGAGGAGCUUUGUGCUUUUCCAGCCUGUUUAUGUUAUGAUCUGGAGAAGAGGAUAAUGCCCCGUUGCCAAUUCCAUAGGUGGCUUAGAGAACAGGAUUGGUGUCCGUUUGAGUAUUCUCUUGCAAGCAUUGUUGCCACUAGCGAUAAAAGUUUUAUGGCUCGGAUCUCUGGCAUUCAUCCAGAUGCCUCUAAAAAGUGGUUUAGCAGUUUCUCAAAUGAAAAAUUAGUUUCAAAAAGAAGUUUCUCGAAGGGAAACCACUCAACAAGUUGCUAAGGUACAUCAGAGCUCUAAUUGUUGCCAAUUUUUUAGAUGGUUAUCAAGUGAAAAGAUUUUGACUUGUACAUACUUCUUGUUUUUUUUUCUGGGUAGCUCAUUCUGAGAUUUCUAAGUCAAUUGUGUGGCUUGUGAAUGAAACACAACAUGUAACUGCCAUUGUUGGCAUUAAUAAUGAAAAGAGCAAAAUUUUCCAUGUUUA